ACAUUAUGAUUUAAAAAAAAAGAAAAAACAACAACAAAAACAACGCGCACACGCUAAAGCGGAGUGAUCUUUCCCUCCAACAAGGUGUCUUGCAGUGAACUCGUAUCCAUGGCGGCGGUGGCUCCUAUUCCCAUCGACACCUACAAACUAGGGUUUAUCGGAGCUGGUAAGAUGGCCGAAAGCAUUGCAAAAGGCGUCGUCCACUCUGGUCUCCUCCCUGCUUCCCGCAUCUGCACUGCCCACCUUGGCCCUGCCCGCAGGUCUGCAUUUGAAUCCUUCGGCGUCAAGGUCUUCGACCGCAAUCAGGACGUUGUUGAGGAUAGUGAUGUUGUCAUUUUCUCUGUGAAACCUCAAGUUAGUAUUGCUCAUGCUCAGAACUCUUUGCCAUCAAAAUUUAAGCAGCAUUUGGUGUCAGUUGUUGCAGGGGUUAAAUUGAAAGAUUUACAGGAAUGGGCUGGUCAUAGCAGAUUUGUUAGGGUAAUGCCAAAUACGCCUGCUGCUGUUGGUGAGGCAGCUUCAGGUAUCAUGUUUUUUGUCCUUAUACUGUUAAUUGUUAUGCAUCUUGGUUUCCUACAUGAUUAUGUUGGAUUUCUAUCAUGCCUAAGUUGUCGUUGA